UUAUUUAUCCACCAUCUCCGAUAUUUCUCUCCAUUUUAGCAGUAGAAAACUACAACUCCCUUAGCAUACAGUGCCUGUCAUUACUGUAUUGUGCAUGGCUUCUGUUGGUAAGAAUAAAAAGAGGUCGCCAAGCAAGUCUCAAACAGGUAGAUAAUUAAAUGGUUUGAAGAGUUCGCUAUCGUAAUUCACACUUCGGUUCAUGAUGGAGAUGGAGGAUGGCAGACCUUUGUACGAGCUGAGGUUUGACGCCGCUGUCAAAGUGAUACAAAGCUUGCCUCCAGACGGUUCCUUUCAGCCCUCUAAUGACAUGAUGCUCAAGUUUUACAGUUACUACAAACAAGCCACACUUGGACCCUGCAACAUACCCAGACCUGGCUUUUGGGAUCCGGUGGGAAAAGUGAAAUGGGAUGCAUGGAGUGAUCUGGGAGAUAUGCCCAAGGAAGAGGCUAUGACCGCUUACGUUGAUGAAAUGAAGCUGAUCCUUGAGGGCAUGCCCUGUACAGAUGAGGUAGAGCAGCUUCUAAAGGUGCUGGGCCCAUUCUACGAACAGGUGGAAGAGAAAAAGCAGAUACAUCAGGUGUCAGACCUGUCCGCAGGUUUUGGAACCAUGCUAACAUCAGCACCUUCAAAAAGUGUCACAAAGAGCCUAAUUAGGACAAUGGAAAUGAAUGGCACUUUGGAGACACGGCAACCCAGACAGGAUGUUGAACCUCCGAAGCCCAAUGUCAUGGCACUGAAGGAACAGGGGGAGGAAGAGGAGUUUGAGUUUGAUGAGGAAGAUGAGAUGGAGGAUAGAAAGUUAGAAAUGGUUGAGAUAAAAGAGGUGAAAAAAGCCUCAGCCCCACAGCCGAAGAAAAAUGGCUCAUCCAGGAGACAUAAAGUACCCCUGUCCAAUGGUAAUGUGUGGAAUGGAGUGGGCCACCUCCCCAAUGGGACCCAUACCUCCAAGGCUGCCCUGAACAGUGAGGACUCAGAGGAGGGCCUCACCAACAGCACCCUGCCCUUGGAGCCCCAUGUCCAAGUCAACGGCCACCACGCAGAUCUCGAUGUGGAUGUAUUCAGGCCCUAUCGCGCGGCCAGUGACUCAGACAGCGAGGUCUACUGCGACUCCAUGGACCAGUUUGGCCUGGAAGAGGGCUCUGAGGCACAAACUGACCGCUGUCUGGAGCUGGAUGAGGAGCAUGGGGAAAAGGGGGAGAGUAGUGGAGGGGCCAGUGUGGCGGGCAUCCAGUGUGGCGCGGAGGAUGGGGAGACUUGUGGAGGGGCCUCUCAGAGACAAAGACUGAAUGCAGGCAGGCCCAAUAGCUCCCUGGUCAGGAGAGAACGAGGUUCUAGGUCUUCAGGGCACAGUCCAGGUGCCCAGAAGCCCUUGCAGGGUAGCGGGGGGGACGGGGAGCGGUGGGGGGGCGCGGGGACACCAGGAGGCAGUCUGAAUGAGCAGAUUGUAGUGGCGCUGGCCAGACUGCAGGAAGACAUGCAACGUGUCCUGGAGAGACUGCACACACUGGAGGCCCUCACUGCAUCCCAGGCAAGGUCAUCGGCUCAACCAUACCCACCAUCACCCCUGGCAAAGAAUAGUAAGAAACCAUCCUGGUGGCCUUUCGACGUGUCUCCCAGCACUGUAGCCUUUGCUGUUGUGUGGCCAUUUUUGGUGCAGUGGCUUAUCCGCCAAUAUCUUCAACGUAGGAGAAGACGAAUCAAUUGAAAAAUCUCCCAGCCCAAAUACACAAAGUGACGAGGAGAAGAUUCUCAGCAGUCUGGUUUGUUCCGUCACCUCCCUUAUGCUUUCCCCCACACCUCUGUAACUCUAGCUUUUGCGCUAUGAAGAUUGCACUCGGAGUAGUGAGUGGUGGAAGCCUCGCAAGCCACUAGCACUAGAAUUGAAAUCAAAGAGAAAUGUGAAUGUAUUGAACCACAGCUUGUAAUCGUGCAAGCUUUUUUUGAGAUGAUAGGCUACAAUUACUUUACUACAUUAGUAAUUAUUUUGCUCUCAAGAAAUUACUAGGAUUUAACUUGGGAGGGGAAAGUUGUUUGUGUAUUUUGAUUAUGGCAUUGUUCGUUGAUAGAUCACAGUAGUUUAUUUUAUUGCAAGUAUGCCGAACAUCUUAUGGGCAUUAUAAGAACUAUCUUAUCUAACUUGUCCUGCAAAUGCCUGCCAUGGACAUAAUGCAAUAUAUCAUAAUAGUUUCUUAGGCAAUGCUGCUAAUAUAUCGUGAUAACUGUUGGUAGAUAAUGAUGUAUUCUUUGAAAGGUACAUUUAAUUCUGAAAAUGUAUUAUUUCUAAUAACAUGAAAUGAAAAUUAAGGCUUUGUCUUUGGUUAACCAGGUUGUUGUACAUUAAGUUAGGUUGUACAUGACUUCUAAAUGUUUUCUCUAGGAUGUGAAUGGUUCAUAUUUUGUAAACUACUUCAUAUCUGAUAAUGUUUUUAUACACAUAGCUUGUGUAUUUUCUGAAUUUCAUCAACCCAUGAUAAAGUGCCUCGCCAAUGUAAGUUAUGCUAUGGUUCGGGGGUAUUGUAGUUAUGUUCACUUUCAAGUUAAACAUCUCAACAUUGGACCAAAUUCUUUCAAAAAAUAUGAGAACCAGCUGGAUGAGAAAUGCUCAUUGGACACAAAAAAAAAUGUAGGCCGAUCCAUCCCACACCUUGUUUACGGCAGUGAAAAGCUGUAUAAUGAGGAUUUUCAAAUUCAAACCGAACAUACAGUGCUUUCUUCUCUAAGGCAGUGUUUUUUAAACUCGUCAACUAAUCAUCAAGCGCUCAAUGAGUUGAAUCAGGUGAGUUUGUGCGGGGCUAAAACCCAAAACAACGUGUGCUGUUGAAGGUACUCGAGGACAUGGGAAACACUGCUCUAAACUGUAUGGUUUCGAACCAAUCAUAAGAUUUGUCUUUCUCACUUUCUUUAAAGGGCCAAUGCGGUGUUUUUUCCUCAAUAUAAAGUCAAUUAUGGAUAAUUAAGUACCUUACUGUGAUUAUUUUUUUUAAACCAUUUUAAAUUGAAAACAAUAGCAUAAAUUGCUUAAGCAAGAAUUUUCCUAGGGCUGUCUGGGGAAACUGAACAUUUGCUGUUAUUGGCAGAGAGGUUUGGAACUUUCUUAUUGGUCUAGUAACUAAUUUAGCACCAGGUGACGUUCACGCAGGCCAAAACCCCAGCCCACCAAAACAGUCUGUAAUUUCAGGUGGUCUUUUCAAACAGCUCUUACACUGAAAGGGCAUUAUAAUUUUCACAGUAUUAUUCCAACUUCAGUGUGGAAAUAUAAAACACAGGAAAAUCACUUUUUAUGUUUUUACUGUCCUUUUAAUAGCAAUAAUCUUUGUUUUAAUGUAGCAAAGUAUAUUGUGAUGUGUAAAUUUGGUCAUGUAUGGCAUCUGUUUCAAAUCUGUUAGAUUUUUAAAAAAAAACAUUGAAUUAGUUCAUGUAGUAUACAUUGUUUAAAAAUAGCUGUACAGUCCAGAUUAAUGCAAUAUUUUAAUUGCAUUCAAAUGUACUACAUAAGAUUUACAUUGGCAGUAGAGCUGAUGCUCUUUUCAGAGCCAUUGAUUUGUUAAAUACAUUUUCUACUAAAUCUAAAGCGCUCACAUUUUCUGCCUUAGGGGUAGAUGGUUGUUUGCAUGUGAUCUGUCAUCCAAGGCACGAAAAGUUAAUAAAGCAUUUUGAUCUGUU